GGGACACACUAGUGUUUAAAUUUGUUUGCUAACUUAGAGUAACUUCAGCAGUUUUGAAGUGGUUGUAAUGCUUUCCAAUCAUGCCACAAACUCCAGAGGGCAGGAUUAGUUUUUCAUUCUCAUUUACCCAACAUGCAUCACCAACACAAAGUGUUGUCCUUCAGGGACGUCACUUCCAUCAUGCACUUUUGUCUGGCAGGAGAAAGGAUGCUAAGAGUAAUGGCAGUACAGAAGAGGUGCCGCUAAUAAAUGAAGAUUGCUUGAUUGUCAACCAUGAAGGUGCCAAUUCAGACAAACUGACGUUUUCUUCUGAUGUAAAGUCUGUAGUCAAACUUUCACGAAAGUAUCGAAUGAAAGACAAGUGCGGAAAUGUCGUGCCACAAAAACGAUCAGCAAAGGCAUCAAUCUCCAUUACAGGGUCAUCUUGCUUAAAGUGGAAAGUCAUGAAGGGAUUUAACAAAGUUACCCUCAAUGUCAGAAGCCUUAAAGUUGGAACAUUCCAAAAAAUUUACAGUGGGCCUGUCACGUUUUCACUGGAGUACAUUGAGUUUGCAAACCAAGUGCAACUUGAUGUAUCAGAGGUCAUCCGAUGUGAGUGGUGUACAGCACAUGGACUGCCAGCUCUGUUUUUGCAGACUACUGCUGCAUCCUGCUCCCGUCUGAGAAACCAGCUUUCCAUGCCCACAGACAUUGAAGCCGAGUAUGACAGCAGCAAGAAUGUAGAAUUUAAAAAAGUCACCUUUGUCUUUGAGAAUGAGCCAACAGUGCUGGAAAAGGUUACACUUCAAGAAAUGUUUAUGGAGAUUGGCAGGCUUAAAAACAUGAACAACUUCUUGGUCAAGCUUACGAUUGAGGAAGCCAAUGAUAAGCUUAAGGCAGUUCAACAAACUCAUAAAAUGAGGGAGUUAACUGACUCUUUCACUAAUACACAGAGUGAGAUGGCUACUGUUCCAAGAGUCUCCAAGAGUGAUGACGAUGAGUGGAUGGACUGCACAUCCUAUCGGACUCAGCCAGCAAAAAUACUGGUUGUAUACCCUCCUCCUCCUGCCAAAGGUGGCUUUUCCAUCACUGAGGAGGACAUUGCUUGCCUUGAUGAGGGAGAAUUCCUAAAUGAUGUAAUAAUAGAUUUCUAUUUAAAAUACUUGGUUUGUGAGAGGCUACAGAAGGAGGAUGCCAACAGGUGUCAUGUGUUCAGCUCCUUUUUCUUCAAGAGCCUUACUCAUGAAGAACUGACUGACCUUUCAAGCACCACAGAUUUAUCCACUAAAGAGAGGAGGCAUAAUCGGGUGAAAACAUGGACCAGACAUUUGGAUCUAUUUGAAAAGGACUUCAUUUUUGUUCCGAUUAAUCAGGCGUCUCACUGGUACCUGGCUGUAAUCUGUUUUCCAGGCAAAGCUUCACAACUUUCCAUUGCAGAUCACUGUUUUAAUUACACAAAUGAGGAGAGCUUAGAAUUUACUCCCAGCCCUUCUCUUCCAAAUCCAAUGUCACUUUUCUACAGAAGCACAUCAUCUGAUCGGCUUUCCAAGUGGAGUUCAUCUAAAGGUGAUCCUGAUGAUGGGUUUUGCUUCGUCUCAGAUGAUGACAUGGAGGAUGAAGUUCAGUAUAAAGGCACCACUAAAAGAGACGUCUUGGGCAGCAUUCCUUCUAAACAAUUCUGCAUUCUCAUCAUGGAUUCGCUUAGCUGUAGUUCUAAACCAGCAGUGGUGCAAGUGCUGCAGGAGUACCUGGAGAUGGAGUGGUGGGUAAAAAAGGGCUCUGUGCAGAGUUUUGGGAAAGGAGCAAUGAAAGGAUGGAGUUUGCAGGUCCCACAGCAAGAUAAUUUCACUGACUGUGGGCUUUUCCUUCUACAGUAUGUGGAAAGCUUCAUCACCAACCCACCACAACUUUUUCAUCAUGCCAUGGAUCUAAGUGGUUGGUUUCCACUGAAGCUGGUGAAGAAAAAGCGGGAGAGAAUGAAACGUCUGAUCUACAAACUCCACCAUCAACAGCAUACUUAUAUUGGAGACUGAAUGCCUUUAUUGUGUUGCAAAUUUAAACCUGUGGAAGGAUUCAGCUCUGGGUAAUAGAACCUCAAAGUGUGUAUUAUAUUUCUGUGUUUUUAUGUUAUUUUUGACAAUAGAUAAUUUUGUUAAAUAUAGUAUAUAAUAUAAUUGACUUAAGUUGAUCUUGUAUUUUUUCUGACUUUAAGGAAUAAGGGAAUGUCUUUUUGUGCUAUUCAAAAAUAAGACCUACUAAGUUACUCUUUAAUUAUUAGUAGCCCCUGGCUCUUAAGAAUUCACCAUCUGUUCUGUAGUUCAACAUAUGGAAUGUGUGGUAACUUAAGUCUACUGUUUUAAUUAAGGUGUUGCUGUAACUAGUGGACCAAACAUUGGCAUUGUAAGGACUGUUUUAAAAAGAAUGUUGUUUAUUACUUUCUUAUUUGGUUACCUCUGCCUGUGACAAUGUAGAACAUUACUGAAGGGGUUACCACUAGUCCAGAGCUUCUAGGCUGUGUCUCAGACCAACCGUGUGGCAUCUGUUGUAAAGUAAUAAAUUAUAAAUUAU